GCGCCAUCCUGCACACCGCUGUAAAAGUCCACAUACACAACAUGGCAAAAGCACGCACUUUGCUGCGAAAUGGAGAGGGCAUCGAUGUCCACGAGGACCCCAUCAAGGCAGAGGAUGCUGAAGAGACCAUGGAUGAAAGUAUGGAUCCGCUCGACGAAAGCGGGCAAACAGUCGAUACCAGCGAUGAGGAAGUCGAGGACGCUGUCCAAGAAGACAUGGCACGCUUUGAAGAGACCUUUGUCGGCAUCAGCAAGCGCUUUCGGCUGAUCAACCGCAUCGGAGAGGGAACCUUCUCUACAGUGUAUAAAGCCGAGGACUUGGAGUACCACAAAUACAACAACAGCUGGGAUGUCGACGAGCGUGAGAACAGCAAAUGGAUGUCCCCUUCGCGCAGGAAGCAAUCUGGCCGCCGACCCCACUAUGUGGCCAUCAAGAAGAUCUACGUCACAAGCAGCCCGAUACGCGUCUUUAACGAACUUGAACUGUUGUAUGACUUGAGAGAUUCCGACUCUGUAUGCCCACUCAUAACCGCAUUUCGACACUUGGACCAGGUCGUCGCCGUAUUACCAUACUUUCAGCAUCGCGACUUCCGAGAUUACUACCGCGACAUGAAGGUUUCUGACAUGCGCCCCUACUUUCGGAGCCUGUUUACCGCCCUUGCGGCGGUGCAUCAGAAAGGAAUCAUACAUCGCGAUGUCAAACCUACCAACUUCCUCUACAAUACUUCGCAGUCUCGCGGUGUCCUGGUUGACUUUGGUCUUGCUGAGCGUGAAGGCACAGACUGGCACAACUGUGCCUGCCAUAUGAAUGAGGAGGACCGCCGCCACAGGAUUUCGCACAGCGUUUAUGCACAAACGCAAUCAGCAGGCCACAAUGCUGCCGCAUAUCCCAAGAACGACACACGCAACAGCAGACGCGCCAAUCGAGCCGGCACGCGUGGCUUCCGUGCCCCUGAAGUGCUGCUGAAAUGUACCCAGCAAACUUGCUCGAUUGAUAUAUGGAGUGUUGGAGUCAUACUCUUGACCAUGCUUUCGCGCCGCUUUCCCUUUUUCCACAGCGCAGACGACAUUGAUGCACUGCUCGAGAUUACCACUAUUUUUGGACGAAAGAAGAUGCGAGAGACGGCACUACUACACGGGCAGGUCUUUGAGACCAACGUGCCCAGCUACAGCGAGGGCGGACACAGCCUGGAGAAGAUUAUCCUCUGGUGCACAGGUCGAACAGGCGAUAAGACACAGCCCAAAAAGGAACUUGAAGAGGACGAAAAAGAGGCUGUUCAGUUCUUGCACCGUCUUCUAGAAUGCAACCCAGCAAAGCGUAUAACAGCUGCCGAGGCUCUGCAACAUCCUUUCCUCGCCAAUGCCCACGAAGAGAGCGAGGCGGAGCCCAACGAGUCGGCUGAUGCUGUUGAGGGUUAA